CUACAAAGUUUGGCAGCAAAGCUUUGAAAAAAGUGCUUUGGGUCAGAUUUAGAUCGUAGGCUGCUAUAGGAAAACUUGGGCCUCCCGAAAGUAGCUAAGCCGGUUUGGGCCAGCUGCUAGGCGUUUCUUCUUCAGACUGUUCGACUAACAAAGGUGUUUUAACAUCUGUUUUAUCAUUUCUGUAUAACGGAACGUGAAAUUAUGUACAAAGCGGCUCUAAUCGUCAACACCCUAGUGGCCUCUUUAGCCGUAGUUGUUGUAGUCCGACAAAGUUUUACACAGUCAGCAAGAAUUCAGUCUGCUUCCUGUAGUCUUUCGCAGCAAGCUUCUGAAAAGCGCUGUCGUACUCCAGAUGGUUUGAUAUGCAGUGGAAGAGGCAAAUGCUCUUGUGGUACAUGCAUAUGCCAUGUUUCUGAACCUGGAAAAUUUUAUGGACCUCGAUGUGAAUGUCAUGACUGGGUGUGUGAAACAUAUGAUGACCAAGUCUGUGCAGGUAAUGGAAAAUGUGACUGUGGAAAGUGUGUGUGCAAAGAAGGCUGGUUUGGGACUGCUUGUCAGUUCCCAGAGGUGUGUGACCUUACCAAGAAGAAGAGCAAGGACAUGUGUCGGAACUCUCAAGGUGUAAUAUGUUCUAAUGCAGGUACAUGUAACUGUGGCAGGUGCAUGUGUGCGAAUUCAGAUGGCAGUGGACUGAUUUAUGGCAAGUUUUGUGAAUGUGACGACCGAGAAUGCAUAGAUGAUGAAACUGGCGAAAUCUGUGGUGGCCAUGGAAAGUGUUACUGUGGAAACUGUUACUGUGCGGCUGGUUGGCAUGGAGAUAAAUGUGAAUUCCAGUGUGACAUCAGCCCAUGGGAGAGCAAAAGAAGAUGCACAUCUCCAGAUGGCAAAGUCUGCAGUAAUCGAGGGACUUGUGUUUGUGGAGAAUGUACAUGCUAUGAUGUAGACCCUACUGGUGAGUGGGGAGACAUUCAUGGGGACACUUGUGAGUGUGAUGAAAGGAGCUGCCUGCCCGUGUAUGACAGAUAUGCUGAUAAUUAUUGCUCAGGUCACGGUCAGUGCAACUGUGGUGUCUGCGACUGUAAGGAAGGAUGGACUGGAAAGAAGUGUGAGCAUCCCCUUUCGUGCCCCCUCUCCAUUAAGGAAAGCACAAAAAAAUGCCAAGGGAGCUCCAGCCUGCCUUGUUCUGGCCGAGGAAAGUGCCAGUGUGGACAGUGCACAUGCUUUCCCCCUGGAGACAACAGAGUGCAUGGAAAGAACUGUGAAUGUGAUGACAGGCAGUGUGAAGACGCCCAAGGCCUGAAAUGUGGAGGUCAUGGCAUUUGCUCUUGUGGUAAAUGCAUUUGUGAGGAUGGAUGGUUUGGAAAAUUGUGCCAGUAUGUGAGAAACUGUACCAUGUCAAAGGAGGAGAGCAAUGGGCUGUGUGAAUCUGCUGAUGGUGUUAUCUGUUCAGGAAAAGGCUCCUGUCACUGUGGAAAGUGCAUCUGUUCUCCUCAGGAGUGGUAUCUUUCAGGGGAAUUCUGUGAAUGUGAUGACAGAGACUGCGACAAGCACGAGGGUCUCAUCUGCACAGGAAAUGGUGUGUGUUAUUGUGGAAAUUGUGACUGCUGGGAAGGAUGGACCGGAAAUGCCUGUGAAAUCUGGAUUGCAGUGGAGAGCCCCUGAGAAUGCUUUUUUUUUACAGCUACAGAAAUGCAUGUAAAAAGACUGUCAAGAAAUAUAUUUCUCCACAAAGUUGAUGAUACUAGGUCAUGGAGCAUCUGACUGAUUUUAAAUGUUUUUAUUUAACAGUAAAAAAUAAAUAUUUCAUUAAGACAGUAGCUAUUGGAAGCUUUUUUUUGCAAUAAUGAAUAAAUUUCUCAUUUUUAUUGUAAGUAAAAUGUUAGCUAUAAUCUGUGUGCUCUGCUAUAUACCUGCUAUUCAUGUGUUCACAGGUAAAUACUAGGCUGCCAGCCUACAGACUACUACAAACCUAGCCAAUAACAAGAGGUCAAAAUCAAACCCAGUAGCUUGUAUCUAUAACCAUUAUGCUAAACUCUCCUGAAGCUCUAGUUUUAACAAAAUUAUGUCAAACCCACAAUCUCUGACUUGAGGCCACUGGAGCCUGACCAUCACAUAAAAAGUUAAUAACAGCAUAUAGCUAAAAGGAGAUGUAAACGUAAUGUUGUACAUGAGUUGUAGAUCACUGAUUAUCUUUUCAGUGUACUUUUCUGAUUAUGGUGCUAUCAAUAUCUACAACAGAUCACGUAAUAGGAACCCCCCCCCCCCGUGUUAGUGACAGUGUAUGGAAGAAGGGUCUGUGACAACGGAUCGAAUACACUAAAUAUCGAACGGCCGGAAAAUCAAAAACGCAGGUGAUAGAAACCUAUUUUAUGGGGGCUGCGCCCCCCGCACCCCCCACUAAACAUAUAUACUAACUCUGAGAUCGCACUACAGUGAGAAAAGGGCAAAUUCUCUGAUUUUCACAUCACUGUGAUCUCAUAAAACAGGUUUCUAUCACCAGCGUUUGCGGCUUUCUGGUCGUUCGAUAUUUAGUGUAUUUGAUCCGUUGUCAUAGACCUGGAAGAACAGCUGGUUGUUUUUUUGUUUUGAUAAAUCCUCAUUAAGUAGUCAUUAAAGCUGCAUGUUUGUAGUACUGUUAAUGAUAUUAUAAAAUUCUGGGUUCUAGUGUACUAAAGACCCCAUGAAACAUGACGUGAAAUAUUGAAAAUCAGCUACACACACAAGCUGAAGUUGAUUCUUUUUAUUUGUUUUUGUUUUAAAUGUAUUUUAAAGGCAAGUAGUAAUCUUAGAGUUGAUCUUUAAACAUUUCCUCAAAAAACAAGAAGAUAAAUGAACAUCAUUAACAGAGAAAUGUGUGCUAUAUAUGUCAUCAUCAUUAUAGUUUUCUGAACUGGAAUUUAUAUUAUAAACUAAACUGUUAGUACCAGCAGAACUGGAAACGUUGACUCUAAUUCUGAACUCAGUCAUGAAGCUAACAUUGUUACUGUGUUUUCUUCACUGUUGAACUUUUACUUAACUGUUGCUAGUGGAGACAUAAACAAUUUCAGAAUGAAAACUAGAGCACUCUUUGUCUUUCUUGCUAGGAAGUACCAGACAACAUCUUAGACAACUGUCUUGUAAGUUCAUUUAUCACUUUUGAUGUUUGCAUUCUUGAUGUAACUUUCAUAUUACAUGAUGUCAUAUGAUAGUGUUAAUGUCAUUUUAUUGGAAAGUUGAGCUGAUGCCCUUUAUUUUUUUACAUCACUGAUAUGAAAUUGUUCCGAACCUCAGUAUUCCAGCAGUUCCAGUAAAACCCAUUUAAAAAUGUUGCAAUUUUUUUAUUAUGCAGUGUAUGCAAAUAUAAGACAUUUCUUUUUAAUGUAAAACAUGUUACUGCCUGCCAAUUAUUAAUACAGAGUUUAUUUGUUCCAAAUCGUAUAAAAUGUAUAUAAAGACUAUGAAUGUGUUCAGUUGUAAGGGUAGAUUGACUUUCCAUAAAGAUUCACAAAGUACCAUUCAUUCAUACAUUUAAGUUUUAAUGUUAAGAGAUUUACAGGCUUAAUAAUAUGUGUGUUGAAUUUGUUGCUUUACAGAUCCAGUUUUCAAAAGAACAUUCAGUGCAGUUUCAAGGAUGGUCAAACUUUCAAUAAUAUUUCAACAAGUGAUACACAUACAAACCGUCACCAAGUGUCAUUUGUAGCCUUUUUAUCUUUUGUGAUAAGCAAGUAUGUAUAGAUAUGUCUGCAUGGUGAAAUAAAGUAAUGGCCACAAACAAA